CGCGAUACAUCUCUAUGUUUUGUGCCGCUAGACAACAGGUUACCUUCACAACCUGCUUUUGCAAGUCUUCAAUCAUUGAGAGGUGCCUUGCCUAAUAAUCUUAUCUAUUCUUCAUCGAGUUUGUUAGCCUCCAGGCAAGUCCUUCUCUAUAUAUAGUACCAUCUUAAGGGUUCUGUGGACAAACUCAACAUUUAAUUUCUUAAUGGCUAAUAUGGGAGUUUUAGGGCCGGCAAUGCUUUCAUUGCUCGCAAUAUUGCUUCUCUCUUUCUCAUGGCAAACAUCGGGAUCAUCUUCUGGGUCCUUUAUUCACUGCCUUUUGAACCAUUUUCAGCCCUCAUCUCACCCAAUCUCUGCAGCAAUAUUUACUCCCAGCAAUUCCUUCUACUCUUCUGUUUUCAAAUCUUACAUCCGAAACCUUCGAUUCAACACCUCCACAACCCACAAACCUUUUCUCAUUCUCACUGCUUUGCAUGAGUCCCACAUUCAAGCAGCAGUACUUUGUGCUCAAAAGCAUAACCUCCAAAUGAAAAUUCGCAGCGGAGGCCAUGACUUCGAGGGCGUGUCAUACGUGUCCGAAGUCCCAUUCUUUAUCCUUGACAUGUUCAAUCUCCGUUCCAUUCACAUUGACGUGGAAAGUGAGACUGCUUGGGUCCAGGCUGGAGCAACUCUUGGCGAACUUUACUAUAGAAUUGCUGAGAAAAGUAAAGCGCAUGGCUUUCCCGCUGGCGUUUGUCCCACCGUCGGUGUCGGUGGGCAUUUCAGCGGAGGUGGCUAUGGCAAUAUGAUGAGAAAGUACGGCCUCUCAGUGGAUAACAUUGUUGAUGCACAACUAGUUGAUGUUAGAGGCAGACUUCUUGACAGAAAAUCUAUGGGAGAAGAUCUGUUUUGGGCUAUUAGAGGCGGCGGAGGAGCAAGCUUCGGCGUCAUCGUUUCGUACAAAAUCAACCUUGUUCGCAUGCCGGAAACUGUAACUGUUUUCCAGGUCGCCAAGACAUUAGAAGAGAAUGCCACGGACAUCGUGCAUCGGUGGCAACAUGUCGCAGAUAAGCUGGAUAAAGACCUUUUCAUUAGGCUUAUCCUGGACGUGGUAAAUGGAACCAAUGGAAAGAAGACUGGAAGGGCUUCGUUCAUCGCCUUGUUUCUUGGAGACUCCGAAAGACUUGUCUCGGUCAUGAGCAAGAGCUUCCCUGAAUUGGGUUUGAAGAAAUCUGAUUGCAAUGAAACCAGCUGGCUUCAAUCUGUGCUUUACUGGGCAAGCUUCCCCCUUGGGACGACAAACGAUGUUUUGCUGAGCCGAACAUAUCAAGCUCUAGCCUAUCAGAAGAGGAAAUCAGACUAUUUGAAGAAGCCCAUUUCAAAGGAUGGUUUGGAGGUUAUUUGGAAGAGAUUGAUUGAGCUGAAGUCGGUGAUGCUGACUUUCAACCCAUAUGGUGGAAGAAUGGCUGAGAUUCCCGCUGAGGAAACGCCUUUCCCACAUCGGGCCGGGAACCUAGCAAAGAUACAGUACGCCGCAAACUGGAAUGAGGCGGGGAAGAAGGUGACGGAUAACUAUAUAAAUUUGACAAGAAAGCUUUACAGCUACAUGACUCCAUACGUGUCCAAGAAUCCAAGGGAGACAUUUUUCAACUACAAUGAUCUUGAUUUGGGCAUCAACCAUAACGGCAAGAAAAGCUACCAGGAAGGAAGAGUUUAUGGGAUCAAGUAUUUCAAGGGUAACUUCAAUAGGUUGGUAAAGAUUAAGACUAAGGUUGAUCCAGGUAACUUCUUUAGGAAUGAACAAAGCAUCCCUACUUUUGGAAAUGAUUCAUGUAUUAUUAGUGCACAACUUCAAAACACUUUAGGGUGGGAUUCAUUGUAUAUGUCAUAUCUCAAUGUGCCUUGAAAUUGUGCACAAAUUGUACGCUACAAGCAUUUUUAGCAUUUUUCCCCUACUCUUGUCUAUCUAAGGA